AUGUCGAACUCACUUCCCAAAACUUUCAAGGCCGCCGUCCUUACCGGCGCCAACAAACCCUUGGAGAUCAAGGACAUCCCCAUGAUCGAGGCCAAAGAAGGCGAGAUUCUGAUCAAGGUCCAUGCCUGCGGUGUCUGCCACUCCGAUGCCCAUGUCCUCCAUGGCGACAUGGGACCUCCCCAAAUCCAACACCUCGGACACGAAUUCGUCGGCACAGUCGUCGCCGUCCCUUCUUCCGAGAAGAAAUGGAAAGUAGGUGACCGUGUCGGCGGCCCUUGGCACGGUGGCCACGAUCACAGCUGUAAAGCUUGUGGACGCGGUUUGUACCAGAUGUGCGAGAACAAGGCUAUUAAUGGCGUGACUCGUAACGGUGGGUACGCUGAGUACGCCACCCUACGCACCGAGUCCGCCGUCAGAAUUCCAAAGGGUGCCGAUGCUGCGAAAGUUGCGCCGUUGUUGUGUGCGGGCGUCACGGUGUUCAACGGGAUGAGGCAUAUGGGUAUCACGCCUGGGGACGUGGUUGCUGUGCAGGGGCUUGGAGGACUAGGUCAUCUUGCUAUUCAGUACGCACGCAAGAUGGGCUUCCGAACCGUCGCCCUCUCCCGCGGCACAGAGAAGAAGGACUUCGCCAUGAAGCUCGGCGCAAACGACUACGUCGACAUCAGCGCCACCAAUGUCGCCGAAGAACUCCAGAAACUUGGCGGCGCCGCCCUCGUCGUCAUCACUGCUCCCAACCCUGAAGUCAUCUCGCCAUUGCUCGGCGGACUCGCACCCAUGGGGAAAUUGCUCGUGCACACUGCCAUUGGACCAGUGCCGUUGGAUACCGUGCCUAUGGUCCUCAACGCGCUGUCUGUAUGCGGAUGGCCUUCUGGUCAUGCGCUGGAUAGCGAGGAGGCGAUUUCGUUUGCGGAGAAUCAGGGCGUGGAGUGCAUGAUUGAGAAGUUUCCGCUUGAGAAGGUCAAUGAGGCUAUGGAGCAUAUGUUGAGUGGGAAGGUGAGAUUUAGGGCUGUGCUUACGAUGGAUUAG